UUGAGGAUCAUAUUGGGGUGUGGUGUGCUAGCUAGGUAGCUUCAAGCUCAAGGAUGGAGGAGGCGAGCAGCAGUUCAGGGCAUCCCAGGCACAGGGAUCCUCCUCCUCAUCAUGUUCUUGGCUAUGGCGGCUUCCAUGGCGGCGCCAUGCCCAACCACUCCAUGCCGUCCGCGACUUUCUUCGAGCAAGACGGAGGAGGAGGGGGUGCCUAUUUCGGGGAGCUGGAGGAGGCCUUCAUGCACCAGGUGGCCACAUUCACCAGCAGCGGCGGCAGGAGGGCUGCUGCUCAUCAGCAACAAACUCCAACGGCCACCUCCACCAUAGCUCACCAUCACCAUGGACACAGCAACGCCAUGCCCUUCCCCAGUACUGUUGCUGCUACCGCUACAGCUGUUGUUGCCACUGCCGCUGGAGGAGCUAGGCCACCUCCUACACUGGACAUCUUCCCCGCUUGGCCUAUGGCCUCUCUUUCUCUCCAUCACACACCCAAGGAGGGUUCAAAUGUGACAGCAGACAGCACUGACUCAGAGAGCAGCAGCAAGAACAACAUGAACAAGGACUCAUCAGACCAUCACCACCAUCAGCAAGGCCUGGUUGGAGUGGUAACCGUGGCAAGCCAGUUUCACCAGAUUCCAGAGCAGUACCAGCCCCAGCACCACCAGCAGAAGAUGGCAGCAAGUUCCACCCACAGUGACAGGACAGGCAAGGCACUUGAUCCCAAGACGACGAGGAGGCUAGCACAGAACCGAGAGGCUGCACGGAAAAGCCGGCUGCGAAAGAAGGCCUACAUUCAGCAGCUUGAGAGUGGCAAGCUGAAGCUUGCUCAACUAGAGCAGGAUCUCCAUCGAGCUCGUUCCCAGGGCCUCUUGGUUGGAGGAGCUCCAGGUGGAAACUCCAGCGCAGGCGCUGCUAUGUUCGACGCCGAGUACAACAGGUGGCUGGACGAUGACAGCCGGCGCAUGGUUGAGCUCCGUGGGGGCCUGCACGCACACUUGCCAGACAGUGACCUCAGGGCCAUCAUCGACGACUCCUUGAACCACUACGAUGAGCUAUUUCGUCUCAAGGGUGCCGCGGCCAGGACAGACGUCUUCCAUCUCAUCACUGGGAUGUGGGCAACCCCAGCUGAGCGCUGCUUCCUGUGGAUGGGUGGCUUCCGGCCCUCUGAUCUGCUCAAGACACUGGUACCUCAGCUUGAUCCCUUGACUGAACAGCAAAUGGUCGGUAUCUAUGGCCUUGAGCAGUCGUUGCAGCAGGCAGAAGAAGCUCUCACCCAGGGCCUGGAGCAGCUCCAUCAGUCACUAGCAAUCACGGUGGCUGGCAGCGGGUGUCUUGCCGAUGACGCAAACAUUGGGAGCUUCAUGGGUGACAUGGCCGUUGCACUCGGCAAGCUGUCCAACCUUGAAGGUUUUGUCAUACAGGCUGAUAACUUGAGGCAGCAGACCCUUCACCAGAUGCACAGAAUUCUGACAGUAAGGCAGGCAGCUCGGUGUUUCUUGGCCAUUGGCGAGUACCAUAACCGUCUCCGUGCCCUAAGCUCCCUCUGGGCAUCUCGCCCGCGAGAGAUACUAAUGCCAGAUGAGGGGAACUGUGGACAGCUAAGCAUUGCAGCACAUCCAUCUGAAAGCCAAUAUUCAGCCUUCUGAUCCAAAUUUAUUUUGGAACUAACCUUCAAAGUAGGAGCAAAAGCAAAGCAGCUGGGAAGAUUUUUUUUUGGAUGUAGCAGAUAUGUGCGCAGCAGAGGAGAGCUGGAAAACAGAGUAAACUCCAGGACUGAGAAUUUCUCAGAACGUGUAAAACUGUCAGAGUUCUCGAGUAAAAUGGUUUGAUGUAUCAAAAAGUGGAGCAAGAAGGAAGAGCACCUAGAAUUCAUUGUUGAAAUAGUACUUAAUUAUGUGUUUUGAUUA